AUGAGCGUUUUCACAACCAACUCACCUACCCCACAGGCUGCUACCGAUACUCCAACGUCAAUUGGGGGCAAUGGCGACGAUCACAUGGGUGCCGAUGGUGAAGAUGUAAAUAAUACCAACAUGUUCUCAAAUAUGGUUGCUCAACCCAUCAAAGUUACCAGAAAUCAGUCUGACGGUGUUUCUAUUGGAACAAAUACGAAAUCGCUGCAGUACUCUUUGGCAAAUCUAACAGUUUUCCAGAAUUUGCCAAGGGAAACUUCUCGUGGCGUGGACGAUCUAACCAGAAUGAAAAUGGCUAUUCUAAGUGGUGUGCCCGAGGAAGUUAAAUGGGCGCUGAAGAAAUAUUUGGCAUAUAGUAAUAAGGCACCCUAUAUGAUUAACCUUAAGGAUUUGCCAAGUUUGUUACCUCUCUUUAGGAAGUUCAUCAGUCGGCUGGAAAAAAUGAUUGAACGCUUUGAUAGUCCCCUCUUCGGCGAUCCAGAAUCUUUGGAUAUUCUACAGACCGGUUUGAAUAGUAUACUUAUUUUGAGAAAUUUGAGUCAAGAUACGGAGUCAAUCCAGGUUUUGGUCAAUGAUAAAUACAUCAAAAGUUUCAUCCUACACAUUUUACAAAACUUUGAAUGCGUGGCAACAUCAAGUUCUGACUGGCAACUAUUUCAGGGAAAUGCUUCCUUUUUCAAUGAGCUUACUCAUUAUGUCUUGGACCUAAUGGAAGCUAUAUCGUCUUACAUAGCUCCGGCAAAAAAAGAUGAUUUAUAUUUCAAAACACUACUUUCCCUACUUAAUUAUACAAAGGAUAGGUAUAUGGUAAUUUCAAUCCUGAGGUCAUUAUCACGUUUACUCGUUAGGUCAAAAGCUGAUGAGGAAAGUGCCGCUGACAAUAUAAAUGAAAAAACACUCUCGCUAAUUGUCUCUUUUUUGAUUGUUGAGUGUGAUAAUGAACUAAUGUCCGCAAGCUUGGAUUUCCUUUAUCAAUAUAUUCUACCAGGGAGUCAAAGAAUAUCCUUUUUGCUAGGGGACCCACACAGAUUUGCGACGUUAGCAGCUAUAUUACCCAAAUUAUUAACGUAUAAUGUCGUCCAACCAAAUUAUUCCACUUUAGAAAGAACUGAUAUCAAAUUGGUGAAACGAUUGAGACCACCUGCACCUACAGUGGCUCCAGAACUUAACAAAGAAUUAUUUGCACAACUUUUUGAGAUGAACGAGCCAAUGAGGUCUACCGCAUGGUUACGAUGCUGUUUUGAACCCGUAACCGAUGCAGAAUUUACGCAAAUAAGCCUCUGGAGAGCAUAUGAAUCAAAAUUUUCCCAGCCAGUUCGCGAUUCUGGAAGAAAACUCCUGCCAGCAGUUGAAUUCAUUAAAAAUGUUUCAAAUGCGUUCCAUGAGGCCUCCGCAAUGGUUAUCACAGAUCCCACGACUGGGAAAAAAAGAUUUGUUAUGAAAGGUAUUCAGCCAAGAGUAAGACCCCUCGGUAUUGUUGAGGGUGAAGUGGCUGCAAGAAAUCCUUUGCCAUCCUUACAGUCAAAAUUCUUAGAUGAAGUUACGAAUGUUACUCCAUCAAAACAAGAAGAACUACCGCAGGUACGAUUUCCCACAAAGCUUUCUAAUUUGUCAAAAGCAGCGGCAACUUUUCUCUGCUUACUAUCGAAUGAAUCAGAGGGCCCCGGAUCUAAAUUUUGCACUACGAUUAAGCCAGUUAUUCUUCACAAGCUCGCGGAUAUACCGCCACUGAGUUGUGCACUUUCUGAAUAUAUGGAUAAUACACCAGGGCUGUAA